ACGUCUCUGACAGGCCGGAGGUUUGCGUUCCCAGAGUUCCUAUUGGGUUAACUUGGGAGGCUUCAAAAUGGCGACAGUGGCAACCUGCGGCGGUGACGCCGUGGGUGUUGGGUCUGCGGUGGCGACAGCCAGCAAGAGCAACGUCACGAGUUUCCAGAGGAGGGGUCCUAGAGUCAGCGGGACCAACGACAGCGGCCCUCGACUGGUGUCCAUUACGGGCACGCGACCGUCGGUGCGGAAUGGACAGCUGCUGGUAUCAACCGGGCUCCCAGCCCUGGACCAGCUCUUAGGUGGAGGUUUAGCCGUUGGAACAGUUCUUCUAAUUGAGGAGGAUAAAUAUAAUAUUUACUCAUCUUUGCUCUUCAAGUAUUUUCUGGCAGAAGGAAUUGUCAAUGGGCAUACUUUGUUGGUUGCAUCUGCUAACGAGGACCCUGCCAACAUUUUACAGGAACUUCCAGCACCAUUACUUGAUAAUUGUAAAAAGGAAUUUGAUGAAGAUGUAUAUAAUCAUAAAACACCAGAAUCUAAUAUUAAGAUGAAAAUAGCUUGGCGUUACCAGUUAUUACCCAAGAUGGAGCAGAUCCGACCAGUAUCAUCUUCAAGAUUUGGUCACUAUUACGAUGCAUCAAAAAGAAUACCACAAGAACUAAUUGAGGCUUCAAAAUGGCAUGGGUUUUUUCUUCCAGAGAAAAUAUCUCCAACUCUCAAAGUAGAACCCUGUUCUUUGACCCAUGGCUACAUAAAGCUGCUUCAGUUUAUCCAGAACAUCAUUUAUGAGGAAGGAUUUGAUGGAUCCAAUCCCCAGAAAAAACAGAAAAACAUUUUAAGAAUAGGAAUUCAGAAUCUUGGCUCACCUUUAUGGGGAGAUGAUAUUUGCUGUACAGAAAAUGGAGACAGCGGUCACAACCUUACCAAGUUCCUCUAUGUUCUCCGUGGACUUCUGAGAACCUCUCUUUCAGCCUGCAUCAUCACAAUGCCAACACAUCUGAUCCAAAAUAAAGCCUUUAUUGCCCAUGUCACAAACUUGUCAGAUACAGUAGUUGGUCUGGAAUCAUUUAUUGGUUCUGAGAGAGAAACUAACCCAUUGUAUAAGGAUUAUCAUGGCUUGAUUCAUAUACGGCAGAUUCCUCGGCUUAAUAACUUGGUUUGUGACGAAUCAGAUGUCAAAGACUUAGGUUUUAAAUUAAAAAGGAAACUAUUCACCAUUGAGGGAUAGGAAAACUUCUGGAUACCCCCAGUAAGGACACUCCUGGCUUUUACCAGCUUACCAUCUGCACCCAGUUUUAAGUGAUUUAUGACAAUGGAGCCAGCAUGACUACACUCUAUACCGAUUAUUACAUGAUUCAAUAAAUGUCUUCUCUGUUGCAGAAGUUUGUAAGAACUGUUCAAAUUGUUUUGUUUAUUGAAGUUACACCAAUUAUUACUUUUUUAAAAAAUGGAGCAGUCAUUUAGAACUUAGAAGUCUUUUGUUAUGAGGAGAUUUUGUUAUCCUAGCAUUUCGUAAGGAUGAUGUUUAUUCCAGUGCUGUGAAAAACCUAUAUAACUUUUUAGAUAUGAUUUUUAUUGAUCAUAUGUGAAUUGAAAGAUAAUUCAAGCCAAACAUGGUAGCUCACACCUGUAAUCCUAGCACUUUGGCAGGCUACGGCAUGAGUGGAUGACCUGAGCCCAAGAAUUUGAGACCAGUCUGAGCAACAUGGCAAGACCCCAUCUUUACAAAAAAUACAAAAAUUAGCUGGAAAUUGUGGUGGGCACCUAUAGUCCUAACUACUCAGGAGGCUGAGGUAGGAGGAUCACCUGAGCCCAGGAGGUUGAGGCUAUGGUAAGCCAUGAUUGUGCCACUGCACUCCAGCCUGAGUGACAGAGUGAGACCCUGUCUCAAAAUAAAAAAUAAUAAAAUAAGUAAUUUUUUUAAAAAAUUUAUAAUUCAGUAAAACAGUUAUCACAUGCACAGUUCACCCAAAUGACUUUCAUAUAAGUUGAUGAUAUUCUAAGUUUAAGUAUGGAAAUUUAAAACCUGGAAAUUAAUAAAACUAUAAAUGUAUGACAGUGGUUUUUGGGUUUUGGUGGUUGGUUGGUUUGUUUGUUUGGAGGUAGAGUCUCCCUCUGUUUCCCAAGCUGGAGGGCAGUGGCGUGAUCUUGGCUCACUGCAACCUCUGCCUCCUGGGUUCAAGUGAUUCUCCAGUCUCAGGCUCCCAAGUAGCUGGGACAAUGGGUGUGCGCCACUGCAUCUGGGUAAUUUUUGUAUUUUUAGUAGAGAUGGGGUUUUGCCAUGUCAGCCAGGCUGGUCUCAAACUCCUGACCUCAGAUGAUCCACACGCUUCAACCUCCCAAAGUGUUGAGAUUACAGGCAUGAAGCACUGGUGGGUUUUGUUUUUGUUUUUGUUUUGAAACGGUUUCUUACUCUGUCACCCAGGCUGCAGUAGUCUCAUUAUCAGUUAUCCAUCAUAAAUUCCACAUUUUUAAUUGUCAUAUCUAUAUGCUAUAGAUAUGAAUUAUUUAAAAGAAAACACCGUUAAUCCAUGUUUAAACAUGCUAAAUAUGUUUGGAAUUUGUUCUAUACAAUAUGACGUACUAGUAUUUACUUAAUUUUUUUGAUAUCUGAUGAAAUACUAGAUAGCUCAUGGUUACUCUCUUUAACGGAAAUAGAGCAGUAUUUCUUAGAGGUUCUAUUCAUUAUAAUAAAACAUUCAUUCAGAGUAUUUCCCAAAUUAUAGAGCUGCUUGUUUAUUAAGAUAUAACUGAUUAUUUCAGAUUGCCUUGGUCCACAAGAAAUGUAUUAUAUGUCCAUAAAAACAAACCACAUUAUGACCUUUGGAGGUAUCCUGCAUGGAGAAUACCAUUAGCACUUCCUAGUCUGUUUAUAGCAUUUGAGAAAUUAGGGUCAUUAGUAUUGUUUUCUUUUUUUUUUUUAAGAUAGGUUUUCACCAUGUUGGUCAGGCUGGUCUUGAACCCCCGACCUCAGGUGAUCCGCCCACCUUGGCCUCCAAAGUGCUUGGAUUACAGGCGUGAGCCACUGCUCCCGGCAGUGGUAUUGUUUUCUAUUUGAAGUGAACAAUAGGACAAAAUCUAUGGAAUCUCUUGAAUUUUUUUUAAUAAAGCAUCUAAUAAAAUAUUAUUUUGUAAACCUCUGAGAAAUUUUAAACAUUGUAAGCAUUAUAGAAAAUUUUAUUUAAUAAAGGAUUCACAACAAAACAUUACAGACGCAAUUUUUGCUAACAAAAUAUGGAAAAGAUUGCUCCCAAGUUGGUGUGUUUAAUUGCUUGCAUGCUCUUGGCAACUUCAUAGGAAAACCUUUAAGUGUGAUGUUACUAGUCAUCACCAUGUCUUCAGUUGUUAAAUAACAGGUAGAAAAUAAGGAAACAUGUAUUUUCAUCUAAUUUGAAUAGAAGUCUCUAGUAUAAGUAUAUUUAGAAAGCUGUGCCAAAACAGUAGGAAAAGGAAAAUCUCAUUUAUAAAACUUAAAAGAGUUACCAUUUUAGCUUGACCUGUCAACCAUUUCUCUUCAUUUUACCAGUUGUACAUUUUAGGAUUGGGAGUAAAUGGAGAUAAAACCUUCUUUCCUACAACACUGCAGUCUUCAUGUAAGGCCUCUUUGAAAAAUGCCAGGGCAUGGCUUUUCUCUCAAACCUGAAGGUACUGAUAAAGUUAAACUUACUCAAGAACAUGAAUUUUGAGAGGAUUUACAUUUAAGAACUGAAUUAACAGUCUGUCCAUAUUAGUAAAACAAAACUGAGUGUUACCUCUUUACAGAAUAGCAGUAACAAUGUCUUCAUUAAUUCAGGUUUCUAGUACCUAGUUAAAAAAAAAAAGCACUUGGAUUGUAAAGUGUGCUUAUGUUUGUAUACAAUGUAGCAGUAACAAAGCUUUGGAAAUUAUGGAAGCUAAAUGCUUGGUUACCGCUGUAACCCUUUUUUUUCUAUUUUAUUGCUAAUACUACAAAAAGGCAGUUAUUUCUCCAUCUGGUUUCCUUAGCAUAUACAUUAUUAGCACGUAGGAAAAAUCAUCACUUUCAGAAGUGAAAAGUUAAGGGCAGGACAGGGAAGAGAUUGUGACAGAUCGAAUGGGCAGAAUUGUUGUCCCCAAGAGAAGGAGU